AUGAGUGUUUUCGUCGCUGUUUUAUCUCUUGUGCUCACCCAAGACGAUGAUGACGAUUAUAAAAACUUGGUCAUCAUUUUCGCCGUAAACCUGAGAAAAGAUAUGUCCUCAUGUCGUCUUCUCGUUUGCGUUGGUGGCACCACAUGUCUAAGAAACUUGCAGAGAUCUUUCAGCUUCUCGCCAAAACAAACACCAGAAUUCAAACCAAGAACUGCUUUGAUAUUGUCCAAGUUAUCCAAAUAUGAUUGUGAAAAAUCUACCGGAAAUCAUCACAACGAUGAUGAGUUAAAAAAAUCUAUGAAAAGGAAAGGCUUUGAUGACCAGAUUGUAAUCUCACGACAUAAAACACACUACGCGAAAUUAUCUGAAUUGCAAAAUACUUUGAUAGGACGCGGUUUGGAAGUGCGGGUUGUAGAUCGUCGUACUUAUUCAAUGGAUUCUGUCAAUUGGGCCGAUGUUGUUUUUACUGCUGGUGGAGAUGGGACAUUUCUUUUUGGUGCCAGCAAAAUUCUACACCCUAAUAAACCAGUGAUAGGCUUCAAUACUGACCCUUUAUCCUCUCAUGGAUUCUUAUGUUUACCGAAGUGGUGUAGUUCAAACGUUUCAACAACUAUUGAUCUUCUACUAUCCAAUCAUUUUCGAUGGCUUUUACGUCGGCGUAUACGCGUCACUUUAACUCAUCUUAAGGGUGAAAAUUUACAAAUGCAGCCAUUAGAUAAACGUAAACCAAUUAACCGAGAUGGCUUUGAAAUUGGAACGUCAAAUUAUGCACUAGAUGUAUCAUCGUGUGAACUUUUCCCACCCUUUUGUUGCUCAGAGGAUAUGACUACAACCGUAUUACCUGUUUUAGCGUUGAAUGAGGUAUUUGCUGGAGAAUCUUUAAGUGCAUGUGUGUCCGUUUACGAUAUCUCAGUUGACGGUGCUAAAAGUGAAAAACAAAAAUCCAGCGGCAUAGUUAUCUCUACGGGUACAGGAUCAACGUCUUGGUCUCUUCAGAUCAAUAAAAUACCUAAACCAAAUCUCAUGGAAUUGUUAAAAACAAUCCGACAUAUAGUUCCUUUUUUAAAUACAUCACAAUCUGAAGUUCUUACAUCUUCGUCAAACUGUAAUGUUGAACAACUAAAUGUUACUGACCAGCAUCAAAUAUCAAAUACUUCAGAUGCUGCCUACUUAGAAUUACUGACUGAAAGGGCUGAGGCAUUACACAACAAAUCGCUUGUUUUUAGUCCAGAAGACUGUAAAAUGUUGUAUAGUGUUCGAGAUCCGAUAACUAAUGCUAUAUUUAAUGUUACUCAACCACGUGGUUUCGCUUCAAAUCUAUAUGUACGGUCGCUUAUGGAUGAAGGACAUUUAGUCUUUGACGGCGGUCUCACCUUCCCCUUUGUGUCAGGAUCUAUCGCAAAGUUUACAGUAUCACCUUCCGAUUCCUUAUGCUGUGUUCACUUUGAUCUUCCGUACUGA